AUGGCUUCUACUGAGGGUCUGGUGCCCAUAACUAGGGCCUUUCUGGCGUCUUAUUACGACAAACACCCUUUUACUCCUCUAUCUGCCGAUGUCUCCCGACUUUCCUCUCAGAUUCGUUCAAUGGCUGAUGAUUUGCUCAGUCAACAUCCUCCUAUCCAAGGAGAAAGCGUCUUAAUAGAUGAAGCUGACAGGCUACCUCCGCAUAAAAUUGAUGAAAACAUGUGGAAGAACCGAGAGUAUAUUGAAGAAACAAUUUUUUUACUUGAAAGUUCUAAUUGGCCGGAAGUGCUGAAGCAGCAGUCAGCACCUGACAGUGAUGAGUUUGCCGUUACACUUGGGCAGCUGAAAGAUAAACUUCAUAAUACAUUGAAGGCUUUGGAAUCUUUCCAAAUUAAAAAUGCUGAACAUGUAUUUAACACAGUUAUGACUUAUUUACCUCAAGAUUUUCGAGGAACACUAAUUAGACAACAACGGGAGCGGUCAGAGAGGAAUAAGCAAGCAGAGGUGGACACUUUGGUAAAUUCUGGUGGUAGCAUACAUGACCGAUAUGCUUUACUGUGGAAACAACAAAUGGACCGGAGAAGGCAAUUAGCCCAGCUUGGCUCUGCAACAGGAGUAUAUAAAACACUUGUAAAGUACCUUGUUGGGGUACCUCAGGUAUUACUUGAUUUCACUCGCCAGAUAAAUGAUGACGAUGGGCCCAUGGAGGAACAACGCCAUCGAUAUGGACCACCGUUAUAUACCCUCACCUCGAUGAUUCUUUCUGUUCGACUCUUCCUUUCAAUAUCAUGGGCACGAUAUGAUACUAAGAAGUUGUGA